CCCUGAUUGGAACAUGUGAUUCAGAACAAGUCACAUGACCAAGAGACGUUGAGUAACUGACUGUCUCCUGCCCCCACCGGUCACCCAGAGACCCUCACCGGCAGACAUGUCAGCUCUGCUGCCUUUUGCUGUGACAUUGAUAUGUCUGACUGUGGUGACAAGUCAAAAACCAUUUUUAGAAGAUCUCGAAAUUAUGGAAGGUGAAGAAGACGACAGUCCUUACGGGAAUAAGAGUCAACGUGAAGAUAGUGACCUCCUGCCCUAUACAGAAGAUGCCAACCACAUAGUGAUCCCAAAAAUUUUGGAGACUAAUAAAAACAAUUCUGAAGAGCUGUUAUAUAUGAUCACCCUGGGCAACAGCGAUUAUGUAAUACAUCUUGUGCGCAAUGCGUUGCUUACUACACCGGACUUUUUAGUGUUUUUCUAUGAUAAGAGUGACCGGUUGCAAUCCGAUUCCCCUCAUGUUGCUACCGCCUGCUAUUAUCAAGGAUACAUAGAAGAUCAUCCACACUCAGCAGUGGCCAUUAACAUAUGUUCUGGACUUAGGGGCACCAUGUACACGAAUGAGUUCAUGUACAUUAUUGAACCAGACGGACCUCUGCUGGAUUUCAGACACAUCAUGUACAAUGUAGAGGCUUCUGAACCUGAAUUUGAAUGCGACCAACAUAUCUCCAACCUGGAAAUAGUGGGAGAAAACAUGGACUAUGCAAAGGAAAGUGAACGGAGAACAGCAUACUUGGAGUUGUUUAUGGUGGUUUCUCAUCUGCAGUUUCAAUUCCAUGAUGAAAAUACUACGUCUGUGACCGAGGGCAUGCUUGAACUUAUUAACCAUGUCAAUACCGUCUUCCAGGAAUUGAACACACAGAUAGUCUUGGUUGGUCUAGAAAUCUGGUCCUACGGGAACCUCAUUGACAUGAAAAGAGAGUCGGCCGAUGAGAUCCUUUCCGAUUUCUUAAAGUGGAAAAACAAGUUCUUAGAUAACCGGAUAAGUUACGAUGCUGUGGGGUUGUCUUUGAGAGAGAGCAAAAUGUCAUCAUCCGGACUGGCGCGCUGGGGACGAUCCUGUCAUCCCGAUGAGUCGGUUUUCAUCUCUGUGAUGGAUCGGGAUAAGUUGGUGGGGAGCUCUGCCACCUUUAUACACUACUUAGGUCAUGUGUUAGGAAUGAGGCAUGAUGUCCCGGGAUGCAGCUGCCAGUCUGGGAAGCUAGUUUGUGCUAUGGCAGACGAAGGCUUGCUGUCAUCUAGAUUUAGUGAUUGCAGCAUGAGAGAUAUGGAGAAGUUCUAUGCAAGUGACAAUGCUUCUUGUCUGUGGAAUACCCCUGCCUCUGACAUAAAGGCUCAGGGUGGGAACAACAUAACAGAACAUGGGGAAGAGUGCGACUGUGGCCCUGCAGAGAUAUUUCAAAACAAUGUGUGCUGUAAUCCAGCAACUUGUAGACUAAUGGAAAAUGCCACGUGUUCAUCAGGGCCAUGCUGCCACGAGUGUAAGUUUUUGGCUGAAGGGACGGUAUGCAGAAGGCCCAGCACAGAGUGUGACCUUGCAGAGUAUUGCGAUGGUAAAUCCAGCACCUGCCCUUCAGACGUAUAUCACCAGGAUGGUUCUCCUUGUAAUGACGGACAGUCAGUGUGCUACAAGAAAAACUGCUACGAUUACAAUGUGCACUGCCAAAGGUUAUUUGGGCAAGGUGCCAGGGUGGCUCCUUUUUCCUGCUUCCAGACUGUAAACAGUGUUGGCGACAGGUUUGGAAACUGUGGAUCAGAUGGGGAGUUGCUCCAGUGCAAUAUUGAGGAUGUCAUGUGCGGACAGAUUCAGUGCUGCAAUGUGACAAGAAACCUCCCCCAUUAUAAACAGACCUCCUAUAUAUCAACCCUUAUAGAAGACGUGCUGUGCUGGGGUAUCGAUAUCUACUAUCAUAAAGGAUCCUAUGUGCCAGAUGGGGCACUAUGUGACAAAGGAAAGAUUUGUUUGAACCGAAAAUGUGUGGAUUUCUCAGUACUAGGAUAUGACUGUGACAUAAAGAGAAAGUGUAGUGGAAAAGGGGUAUGUAAUAACAGGAAGAAUUGCCACUGUGAUAUGGAAUGGGCUCCACCACACUGUAACAUCAGCGGCUAUGGAGGGAGUAUGGACAGUGGACCAUUGAACAAUAACUCCUUUGUCAGAUACAUAUCCCCAAAACAAGCAACGUCUAAAGCUUCCAGUGCCAUUAAGCUCUGGGGUGGUCCAAUGUUAACCCUUGCUUGCCUUCAUAUCCUGGCUUCAGCACAUUUUACAGUAUUUAACAUGUGACUUUUUAGACUGCAGCAACAUUUGUACCUUCCAACAAAUAUAGUAAAACAAAUAAAAAUCCA